GCGCAUUUCGUCAAAGGCUACAAGUCCGAUCCGACUGACUCUAAGCUUUACGCGGAGCUUUCAUCGGAUCACCCGCCGGCUAGCCACUAUCGGAUUUUCGACAGGUUCCUUCUCCUUCACACGAGAGGAAAGGACUUGUUAGUUGUGCCCCAAGAUCGCAUCUUACGGACUCAUCUUCUCGGCGAAUUCCACAACGCACGACUUUCGGCACACCUUGGCGUGAACCGCACACUAGCACGCCUCCGCCAACGUUUUCACUGGCCCGACGUCCUUCAUGAUGUCACGAGGUACAUUGAGUCAUGUGCGAUUUGCCACCGAAACAAGGGUCGAUCUCGAGUCCCCUUCGGCGAACUGAAACCGUUGCCGAUUCCUCGGGCACCACGCCUCUCCAUUGCUAUGGACGUGACAGGCCCGUUUCCCCGCGAUCGCCACGGCCAUGACGGUAUUCUCACGGUCGUUGACCGUUUGAGCAAGUAUGCUCGCUUCCUUCCUUGCAAGUAUCAUGCUGCAGCGCCUGAGCUCGCACGACUCUUGCACACCGGUUGGAUUACCAACCAAGGUGUUCCGGAAGACAUAGUGAACGAUCCAGAUACUCGUUUCAUGUCAGCCUUUUGGACUUCCCUCAUGGCUGAAUCCGGUACGACAAUGAAACCAAGCUCGGCUCGGCACCCGCAGACGGAUGGUCAGACGGAACGAGUGCACCAGACCGCUCAGAUGAUGUUGCGUACGCUCAUCUGUCCCGACCAGAAAGAUUGGGUUGACCGGCUUCCGGACAUCGAGUUCGCCUAUAACACUCCGGUGCACCUGGCGAUCUGCGUCAUACCAUUCGAGUUACAUCAUGGAGGAGAGAAAGCACGGAUCUUCGCUGAUCUCCUUUUGCCACAGGCUGCCGACAUAGACGUCCCUUGCUCUCCCGCUUCCGUCCGGAAGUACCGGGACUUGCUGAUCAAAGCCUGCACAAAUAUGCAAAAGGCUCAGAUCCGCAUGCAGCAGCAAGCUAACCGACGUCGACUUCCAUGUCCUUUCCACAAGGGAGACCUUGUUUGGGUCCUCUCCGAGGAAUUUGCGCUCAGGCAGGACGUUUCGCGCAAACUCCUUCCGAAAUGGUUCGGACCAUGGGAAGUCACUUCUGCCGUUGGAGACGAUCCCGCAGGUCCUUCCUUCGUGAACAACAUUCCACCGCACCUGACAGUGCAUCGCGUCUUCCACGCAUCGAAGCUGGCCAUCUACACGCCACCUUCAAAUGACGAGUUUCCCGGACGUCGAUCAUAGGAUCCGCCCUCCAUGGACAUGAGGAAGUGGACCGAGUCAUCACGCACUGCAAGUAUGGCAACAAGCCAAGGCAGUACAAAGUCACAUUCAAGCAAUGUGCUUCUGAUGACACUCGGUGGAUCUCCAGUACAGAUUUGCAGACUUCUUCACCCCUCAUCUUCGCAGACUAUGAGAAGCGACGCCUUGCUAAGGACGCAGCUCGUCCCGCCCGACCCACCCCGGUAUCGGACAGACAACUUCGCCCUCGCAGGUAGCUCGGUCUUUUAAGAGGGGGAGUGUGUUACAUCUUCGACGCCACACGGGUCCUACCGGACCCGACUUAGGGCUAGAGGGACACAUCAGGGCCUAAAGGCCCGACCUUGGGGGUACUACAGGCCAUAAAGGCCU